CCGGGCGGAAGUGCAGCCCGGGAAAGGCGCGGGGGCUGCCGGAAGUUGCAGUUCGCGCGGCGCUCAGCCCACCGCCAUGCCUUCGCCUCCGCCGCCGCUGCUUCUGCUUCUGCUGCUGCUGGGGGUCGCGGCGGAGGCGCUGGAGCCCAUCACGGUGGGCAUCGCCAUCGGGGCCGCCUCGGCGCUCACCGGCUACCUCUCCUCGCCGCGCUUCUACUGCGCCUUCCUGGAGUGCUGCCCCGGCGACAAGGACCGGCCCAACGGAACCGCGCUGAAACUGAAUCUGGACGAGAAGCUCUUCGGCCAGCAUCUGGCCAAAGAGGUGAUCCUGAAGGCCGUGACCGGGUUCGCCAACAACCCCAACCCCAAGAAGCCUCUCACCCUCUCCUUGCACGGCUGGGCGGGCACCGGCAAGAACUUUGUGAGCCAGAUUGUCGCCGACAACGUUCACAAAGGUGGGCUGAAGAGCAAAUACGUCCAUUUGUUCCUCUCGACGCUGCAUUUCCCACACGAUCACCAGAUUAAGCUGUAUAAGGACCAGUUGCAGAAGUGGAUCCGGGGUAACGUGAGCGCGUGUGCCAAGUCUGUGUUCAUCUUUGACGAAAUGGACAAGCUUCACCCUGGGCUGAUCGAUGCCAUCAAGCCGUUCUUGGACUACUACGAACAGAUCGACGGCAUCUCUUACCGGAAAGCUAUCUUUAUCUUUCUCAGCAACGCAGGGGGCGACCUCAUUACCAAAGUGACUUUAGACUUCUGGAAGAACGGACGGGCCCGAGAAGAGAUCCAGCUGAAAGACUUAGAGCCUGUGUUAUCCAUUGGCGUCUUCAACAAUAAACACAGCGGCCUCUGGCACAGCAGUCUCAUCGACCGGAACCUCAUCGACUACUUUGUGCCCUUCCUUCCGCUGGAGUACAAGCACGUGAAAAUGUGCAUCCGAGCGGAAAUCCAGGCCCGUGGCAACCCCCUAGACGAGAGCAUCGUCGAAAAGGUGGCCGACGAGAUGACCUUCUUCCCCAAAGAUGAACGGAUCUUCUCGGACAAAGGCUGCAAGACCGUCCAGACCAAGCUGGACUUCCACUGAGCGUUUUCAAACACCCGUUGCCCGGAAAUGUAGGAUGUGGAACUCACUGCAAGACAUUUCCUGCUGCUUUUCCAAAGCACUUUCUAUGCUUAAAAAAAAAAAAAUCCCAGUGGAUAUGCACUUUAAAAAAUGUUGAGCCACACACACCAUUGGGGGUUUUAGCAUCCAUCUCAAUCUUUCCUCCUCCAAGUGUUGCACCAGUGAAGGAUUGCUUUUUAGGUUUUUAUGAAAUGUAGGCUACACUGCUGGAGAUGGUCUCUGGAGCGCGAUGAUCUAGCUUAAAAUCCUUUCCCUUGUCUCGCGGACCUCUCAACAAAACUAAAGACUACCGUGAAGGCCAAUUCCAUUCCGUGAUUCCGAUCUCUCCUGCCAUCCGGUACUGGUCCGGUAUCAGGUUGGGAAUUUUGCCGCUUAGGGGGUUGAUGGGGCAGUGCCUUCAGGACAGUGGGGUGGCUGGGGGGCGGGGAAGGAGAUCGGCUCUUCAGGAUGCGGCUGGCUUGAAGAUGGUUGGAGAUCCGGGCCUUGCUAACCAGUUGGGUGGCUGCCUCUCGUUGGAUGGCAGAGACGUCUGUUGGAUUCAGUUGUCCCCCCCCUUCUGCCGUUGCGAUGUGGGAAGGGGUUGUCCAAGCUCAGGGAAACCAGUUAGCGCUGCCUCGGGUCCCCAGUUGGUGUUGGACUACAACUCCCAUCAUCCACUGUCAUCCUAGUGGCAUGGGUUGAUAGGAGUUGUAGUCCAAGAAGAGGCCAGUCCGUCGGAUUCAGUUGACGCCCCUUCUGCUGUCGUGAUGUGGGGAAGGGGUUGUCUGAGCUCAGGGCAACCAGUUGAUGCAAGGGUCCCUGGCCUGGGGGUGGGAGGGGACCCCCACCAAUUGUGAUAGACUACAACUCCCAUCGUGCACUGCCAGCCUCUGGCUGGGGUGAUGGGAUUUGUAGUCUGACAUAAUCUGGGGACCCAGCGUUGAGAACCCAGAGUUAAUAGAUGACAGAAUUAUGCUUUUUAUAUCCCCCUCCCCAAAACCCAAUAGUCAUCCUGGGAACAAGCCACUGGCAGCUGGAUUGAUGCGCGGUACGGAACGCCCUUGGACGAAUCCAAGCGAUCAUUUGACUGUUACGGCUUGACUAGGUCUGUGUCUCGGCAUCGCAUGAAAGAGGAUUCCACUGUGUCUGGGUUCCUUUGUUACAGAGGGUCGGUCUUCUGCGUUCCUGCCCUUCUGAUCUCCAGUAGGGUCCACCCCGUCCUUUUGCUCGACAUCCCUCUACAGAAGUCAUUUUAACGAGUGCGUCCUUUUCCGUUGCCCUGAUCGUUGGAAUGGAGGCCUUCGGGAUGGUGAAAUUUAUAGUGAAAUUGUAGAAGUGGCGCAAAACGCUGGAUAGAGUUAAUUCCAUCCUUUCCCCCUCCCUGCCUCUCUAUAUUUAAGGCAGGGGCUUUUAACCUUGGGUCCCGGGAUUAUGUUGGACUCCCAUCAUUUGACUCCCUUUGGUUGUCGUGGCAGGGGAUGAUGGGCCUUGUAGUCCACCGCCAUCCUCUGGGGCCCAUGUUUGAGAAUCCCUGAUUUAAGGCCAGGGGAGGCAACCUUGGCCCUGUUGAGCCUCGUGGAACUCCUCCCAUCACCCCCAGCCACGUGUGACUGGGAGUGAUGGGAGUUGUAGUUCAACAGCUGGGAUGCCCAAAUCGUCCACCCCUGAUUUGAGGUUUCGUGCACAUCAUUCUUUAAAGAAGAGCCUGCAUCUGACUGAUCCCUGCCGGGCUUGGGGUGGGGGUAGGGGGCUGUUUCCUCUUCUUCUCCUGCCCCCAAGCUGUGCAUCCAGACGGGGUGGGAAACACUAUUGGCUCAUGUGAGUCUUCAGAUCUAGCCUAUCUUGCGACUUUGGAGGGUGGUGGCGAUAGCUAUGCUUUCCAAAGAGUUCUGUUUUCCUCGUGUCCCGCAAUUCGCAUUGGAUUUGCAGAAGUACACCUGUCCAAAUAGUUCGGUCUGUGCUGUUUGAGCCUGCAGCUCAGCCUCGCCCCCCGUGUGAAUUGAUACUGGCGUACCCACACAGUCAGGGGAACCGGCGAUUAAAACCUACAGCCCCUGCCAGUGAUCAAGUCACUUUAAGGGGCUGGAGCUGGCAGGACCGAGCUGACUCAGUUCCUACUCCCCUGCGGGCUGGGUGCAAUUGGAGACGGCUCCCCGGUCCGCACAGGGAUUAAAAGUGCCUUUGCUUGGAGUGUGUGUGUGGUGCAGCACUCCUUGGAAUAUUUCAUUCUGCUUUUUGAAAUGCACCCUGUGGAGAAACAGCCAAGAAAGGAAGGGCCAUUCUGCCUUUUCACUAUAUAGGGACGGAAGGGUGUAAGUCCAGGCUCCAGAGAAUGGAAGGGUGUAAGUCCAGGCGCCAGAGAAUGUCUACCAAAUCUCACAUCGUUGUGAGCUGCCCGCAUAUCUCACAUCGUCACAUCUCACAUCGUUGUGAGUUGCCCGCAUAGAAAAUACGAUCCUGUUGGGUUCAUAUAUAUAUUUUUUAAGAUUCUGGGAGAAUGUCUUUGCAGCGUGGUUGAGGAGAGAGAGCUGGCUGUAUUGUGUAUUUGAACAUUUUAAAAUUCCUUUUUAAAGACACUCGCCGGAUACUUUUAACUUUUGUACUGCUCCCAGGUUCGCAAGCAUUAUGGAACAAUAGGUCACUGGAUCAGUUCUCUGCCGUGAGAGGUUACUUGUGAUUGCUUUCAAACGGGGCCCAGGUGACCUCGUCCACCAGGGUUGUACACUAAUGAUUCUGAUACUCUGUUUCAAGCCGUUGCAAUAAAAAUAGUUUUCAUCCAUG